CCCAUGUUGUUGUCGGUCCUCGAUGACAGCUAAGUUUGUCAAGUCAUUCGUAAUUUGCUAGUUAUUUUGAAGUCCCACAAAACAACUCUCCAAAAUGCCUAUGGAAAAUUUGGAAGACCAAGGAUUGGAAAAGAAUCCUGAUUUGGACUUGGCCAGAUACAAAUUUCUCCUCACAAUCCCCGAUUACAAAGAUAUAGAAAAUGUAAAGACUGAACUUUUGAAAGCUAUACAAGAACACGAUAUGGCCCCUUUCUAUGAAUUAAUUUGCAAGGAUUCCAAUUGGAAAAAAGAUGUCAAAUUACUGAGUACAAUGAAAACAAAAAAUGCUGAAGCCAUUAAGAAAUUGGAUGAAGCAAUCGAAGACGCUGAAAAGAACUUGGGUGAGAUGGAGGUGAGAGAAGCUUACCUCAAAAAAGCAGAAUAUUUCAGCCGUAUCGGUGACAAGGAUAGUGCAGUGUCAGCAUUCCGUAAAACAUAUGACAAGACAGUAUCUCUUGGACAAAGACUAGACAUAAUAUUCCAUUUGAUACGUCUUGGACUGUUUUUCAUGGACCAUGAACUCAUCACCAGAAAUAUAGAUCAAGCUAAAACUUUGAUUGAAGAAGGAGGUGAUUGGGAUAGAAGAAAUAGAUUGAAAGUAUAUCAAGGUGCUUAUUGUAUGGCAGUUAGAGAUUUCAAAACUGCUGCUACUUUAUUUUUGGAUACUGUUAGUACAUUCACAUCAUAUGAACUUAUGGACUACAAGCAAUUUGUGAGGUAUGCUGUAUAUACCUCUGUAAUCAGUUUACCAAGGAACCAGCUAAGAGAUAAGGUUAUUAAAGGGUCUGAAAUUUUGGAAGUCCUACACUCUGAACCUUCUGUCAAGGAAUAUUUGUUUUCACUAUACAAUUGUCAAUAUGCAGAAUUUUUCACUAAUUUAGCUCGAGUUGAAGAGGUGCUUCGACUUGAUUACUUCAUGAACGCUCAUUAUCGUUACUACGUUAGAGAAAUGAGAAUUCUUGCUUAUACUCAGCUCUUGGAGUCCUACAGAUCCCUAACUUUGCAGUAUAUGGCUGAAGCUUUUGGUGUUUCUGUUGCUUUCAUUGACCAAGAGUUGUCUACAUUCAUUGCUGCUGAUCGACUCCAUUGCAAAAUUGAUAGAGUGGGAGGUAUUGUAGAGACAAACAGGCCUGAUCUGAAGAACGCUCAGUUCAAUGCAGUCGUGAAACAAGGAGAUUUGCUGCUAAAUCGUGUUCAGAAAUUAUCCAGAGUUAUUAAUAUUUAAUUUCUAAUGUGUUUGUACUUUGAAUACAAAUAUUUAACCUACAAUUUUUUGGAUUAAUUAAAUAGUUUUAAUAAAAAAAUUUCGCUU